CCCUUCUCCUUGUGACCUGACUUCAUCAGCAACAGGUUCACCACGAUGGCGACAUCAUCACAGGAUGCGGCCAAUGGGCCCUUCGACCUCCUAUUGCUGAUGGAUGCCACCUCGUCCAUGGGCACCUUUGUCGAAGCUCUCAACAAGUCACUUCCAGAGGUCAUCAGCAUUUCUGCCCUGACAGGAUGCUUCGAGAGAAUAGGAGUUCUCGCCUACCGCGACUACUGUGACGGCGCUGACAAGCUUCUCGCGUGGUCGGGCUGGUGCUCGCCUGCGGGAAAGUUCCAAGGAGAAGAUAUUGUAUCACAGCAGGAUGUGCUCGAAAUGGCUCGCAAGAUGACGCCCUACGGAGGUGGUGACUGGCCAGAGGCUACAAAGACAGGUCUUGCAAAGGCAUACAGCGUCAUGCGACCUGGCGCAACGACAAUCAUAUUGCUGUAUGCGGAUGCCCCUCCCCAUUUCAAGGAGAUAUCCGACAGACGGAACUAUUCAAUGGAGUGCGCGGCGCUCGCAAACACCAAGAUGUGGGGAGAUGAUGGGAAGCUGUUUGUGGACUGGGCAUCGGCGGCCAAGACGCUUCGAUCUGGACCAAAGAAGGCAGUGGUGUUCAGCAUGAUCCAGGAGGUCAGCGUUAACACACACUCAGCCUAUCUAUAUCUAUCUACAGUCACCGGAGGCCAUUUGUUUGAGAUUGAACAAAUGGUUUCCGACAAAAUCUCCCAGUUGACCAUUGGUGUCUUGCUUACAUGGAUGAGACUUGGCAAGACAAUCGCCGACUCAAGCACGCGGCUAGGACGGUUGACAAAGUACAAGUCGACUGCAGAUAUCCUCACAGCUACCAAGGAAGAUGACAAGCUCCUGGAAAAGUACAUUGCAAGGGGAAAUUUACUAACCCCAGCUAUACGCAAGUGUUCCGACAAUGUUGAGAGCCAGUCAGUUACUCUAGGUGUUGUGCCAGGCCUGAUCAAAUCCCGCGGUCCAAAUGUCGAGAGCUUCGCUGACAGGUAUGCCAACGACAUGAGCUACAAGGAAAUGGCUAUUGGGCAGCUCAAAACCAUUAUUGAGAGCAACGUAUCGGCAAUCUCGCUGAAUCCCAUAUUUGGAAGUCUUUGGCGGGCCGUCUGUAAUGAUCGACUCAACCCUGCGCGGGAUGAGCUCAUUACACUCUUCGGCCUCCACGUAGACAGAAUCUCAAACGCAGAUGAAAAGGAACGUAUGAAGACGUGGCUUGCUGAGUCGUACAACUACGUUGAUGAGAUAAACGCAUUGAUCGAGGCCGUCGCCCCUGAAGACCGCUUCCCGAUGGUAUUCCUAGAUCCCACAGCAGACUUUGGAUUUGUGGAUGAUGACGAGGGUGUGCGGCGACGGUUGCAAGACUUUAGUCGACCCGAAUUGCUUGAGAUUGGAAGAUCGUGUGAUUACAAGAUUCUCCGGCGCCUGGGCAAGGUCUUGACUCGUCUUACGUUUGUUGGCACCAAGGACGAGCUGCCCCAUCAUAUUCAGACCAUGGACCCCAAGAACCCCGUGCCUUGCGUGCCUCUUGCCCUGGCAAAGGCGGAAUACAACCGGGAUUUCUGGAAAAUCCUCUUGCAUACCGUUCUCCCAGGAACAAAGCUGGGAGCCCGUCCCGCCUGCCUGCUAGCUGCGCUGGCCCUUCGCAUGGGCAUCGUCCCCCUGCGAGAGGCAGCAGACCGGGAGCUUUUGGCAUUCAGUGGAAACUGGAAUACGCUGGAGAUCCCCGAAACGUGGAACCUGGGCUGCCUCAAUCUUUUGCUGGAUGCAGACAGCGACUACGAGAAGAGAAUAGCCGACGGCGUAACUACCAGGUCCUCCGACGAGUCUAGAAUACUCUCGGUCAAAGAUCGGGAUACAUUCAAGGCGCUUGUGGAUUACAAGAUGCUUGAGCUGAACCUUGACACCGUCCUCGGAGCACAGAUUACCUGGACUCCGGAGAAGACAAAGGUAGCCAUGGGCCCACUUGUCAUAUGCAAGAAGUGCCAGUUUCCGCGAUCUGUUACCAUCAUGGCCCCUGGAGGCGUGUGCGGCCUAUGUGAUGUUGAGCUCGAUGGAUGCUCAUGCCCUGUAUGCGUCGUGGUGGAAGACCACGAGGAGCGCCUCAAGACCAACGUCUCAGCAGACCAGACAGAAUUGUCGGAAGCGUACUGGGUCGAAUGCGGACAGACUUCCUGCAGAGCUCAGUACGUAGUCUACAAUCCAAAGGACCUUCGCGUGCGCCCCAAGUGCUACUUUUGCCGACACCCCAGCCGAAGCUCUAAGAACGUUCAGGGUGACCACCGGUCAGAUGUAGGAAAGGCACCCACAGUCGAAUGUUCCACGUGCUUGGGCCGAAUCAUCUGGCCAGAGGAGUACCGGCCUGACGACCUUGACCUAACCAAGUAUCAAUGUCCCGCAUGCACUGCUGGCAAGAAGACUAUCGUCGAGGAAGAGACCACGGCACGAAAGCUGAGCGACGAGAACAACUGGGAUUGGCUCCUCAAGAACGAGGAUAAGACUAUCAAGCAGCCUUUCAGCGGCAGGACGGUCUUCUUUACUGCCUCGAACUGCAAUCUGGCCGACAUGGACACCAAGGUAGAGAUUCUUCCUGCUACCAACGAGAAUAGCCUCACCAUCCGUGGGAAACUUGUGCGCAAUCCAGAUGAGGUCAAGGCGUCUCUGUUGAACUGGGUACGUUCUCGGCGAACCGAAUCCGCCACUUGCAGCUUGUGUUUCUCUAGCGUUCGGAAGAGCGAUGCUCUCCCUGCUUGUGGGCGUUCUGGCUGCCAUCAGGUCAUCUGCAGCAGUUGUCGUGACAGCUGGUAUGGCAUCAACUCUCCAGGCAGCAUCCUCAACAUUCCCGCUCUCCACUGCCCCUUUUGCCGCCGCCGGCCUGCUCCCAAGGCCAUCAGCAAGUUCAGACUCCACCAGAUCGGCUUGCUCCGCGAUGCACUUGAAGAUGGCGGUUCUUGGAUCUAUGCAUGGUGCAAAGAGUGCGGCUUUGCAAGAAAGUAUGUUGAGCGAGUUUGUGCCGCAGGGGCACCGGCCGAGCUGGUUGAUUGGGUAUGUGAAGAAUGCACGCCCUAUCUGACAGUGAAGCAGAGGCGCAUUCGACGUUGCCCAGGGUGUGGAGUGGCAACCGAGAAGACGUAUGGGUGCGAUCAUAUCACUUGUCCUUGUGGAACACACUGGUGCUAUGCGUGUGGAAAGGAGAGCGAUGAGGGAGAGAUUUACACCCACAUGCAGGAAGAGCAUGGAGGACUAUACUGGGGGGAUGAGACGGAUGAGGACGACUACGCGUAGCAGCUAUUAUUGGGGUAGCAUACUUGAUUGACAGAUUAGCGAUGUUUACUACAGAUAAUGACAUGAGAUGAUGUGUUGAUGCAUUGGU